CUGGAUCGGUUCGUAGGAAAGAGGCGGUACACCGGAAAGCUAACGGACAGCAACAAACCAGCGGUGAUCAAAACUUGAUUUCGGCGCCUGUGUCUGCGUAAACCUGCUGGAUUUAACUCGGGCCGUCAGUAAGGACCUCACGAAGUGACCUUAGUGACCGCGAGCACUUUUUACCCGGGUUAAUGCGAGCCAAGUAGUGAGCCGUUUCGGCCUGCUUCAGAGACGUCAAGCCCAACCGACGCUAAGCUAGCCGUGGAGCUACUUCUUUCCACAAUUCAAAUCAAAACAAGGAAUGAGUGAUGACCUCUGUGGUGGUGUCAGAUGGAGGAGGGAACAUAGUGGAGUACGUGACUGUGGUGGACGAGUCCCAGCAGGAGCCCACUGAGGAGGAGGAGGAGCAGGAAGAGGUUGUCCAGCAGGAUAUGGAGACUGUAAUCAUGGAAGAGGAGGUGGAGGAGGAAGAGGAGGGGGUGGUGCUGCAGGAGGAAGGCUGUCCUGCUGUCAUCGUGGAGGAGGUGCCCAGCGCCCAGGUGGAGGAGUGCUACUCGGCCCAGGUGCUGGUGUACGACGACGGGACGUACCUGAUGCAGGACGUGGCUGAGGAGCAGGAGGUGGUCACAGAGGUGGUGGAGACAGGUCCAGACAUGAUGUGUUUCGACAAGACGUUUGAGGCAGCUGAGGCUCUCCUCCACAUGGAGUCUCCAGGAGGUCUGCACAGUGAACGCAGCUCAGCGGAGGACGUGAUGAUGGAGACGGUGGUGGAGGUGUCCACAGAGUGCGGACCCAUCGAGGAGGAGUCCUUCCCCAUCCCUCCUGACUGUGAACCUGUCGCCAAGAAGAAGAGAGGAGGUGGACGUAAACCCAAAACCCAUCAGCCUGCCUCCAACGGCUCCUUUGAUCUUGGCAUCAAGAAGAGGCCGAGGGAGGGAAAGGGUAACACCACGUACCUGUGGGAGUUCCUGCUGGAGCUGCUGCAGGAUAAGAACACCUGUCCCCGCUACAUCAAGUGGAUGCAGAGGGAGAAGGGCAUCUUCAAACUGGUGGACUCCAAGGCGGUGUCCAGACUGUGGGGCAAACACAAGAACAAACCAGACAUGAACUACGAGACCAUGGGCCGGGCCCUGAGGUAUUACUACCAGCGGGGCAUCCUUGCUAAGGUGGAGGGUCAGCGGCUCGCUUACCAGUUCAAAGACAUGCCCAAAAACAUCCGAGUGAUUGAUGAUGACGAGGAGGAGGAGGAGGAGAUGGUGGAGGACAGAGAGGGAGUAGUGUCUAGCCAGCACCUUGUUCACCAGCAGGGCCCUGCCAGCCUCGGCACAGCCUCCCCGGCCUCCAUGCAGCCUAAGCAGACCUACGUCACGGUCAUCCCCAACAACGCCGCUUCCAGGCCCAUCAGAACCUUGCCGGUUGUCAUGACCAACUCACUUGGUCAGGUGACGUUAAACUCCUCCUCCAUCCUCACCACCGCGGGGGUUCCAGUGACGGUAGCGAACGCCUCGCCCAGCGCUCCGCCCAAACUGGUGAUCCAGGCGCUGCCCACGAUGCUGUCCGCCGGCUCCAAGGCUGGGGAGAAAAUUACCAUCAUCACCAUCCCCGCCAACCAACUGGCCACGCUCAUGCAGACUAACUCCCCAGGCCAGGUCACGCAGUUCAUCCAGGCUAAACCCAUCACCACGUCGCUGCGCCCCCAGGCUGUUGUCAAACCCGCCCCUGCCACAUCCACCGUCCAGAUCACCGCGGGUCGCACGGCUCCACAACUCAUCAUAGCCAAACCGGCAGCGGUGGCCCACACCCUGCCGCAGCUCUCUGUUCAGGUGAGCCAGCCUCCCUCUGCCCCCCCCAACACCACCACCCAGCCCCCGGAGCCAUCCAGCUGUGAGCCACAAACAGCACAGUCAGAGGUGGGGGCGGAGCCUCCCCCUCCACUGAGCCCCCCAGUAGCAGCAGCUUCAUCGUCGUCCUGAGAGCCUCACCCCAGGCUGUAACAGGGCCCCCCCCACGGGAGGGGUGCAGGAAGUGACUGUACGUUCUGCUAAGAAAAUGCAGGGAACCCCCCCACUGCUGCCUGGUCUCUGAGCAGAACUGCAUCCUGAUUGGCUCAGACCUCUACGUCUCCAGAUGGAUCUGCUGAAGACCUGAGGACCCCCCCUGCUCCCCCCCAGCUCCGAUGACCCGGGCAGCCUCAGAUUGUAAAUGAAAGCAGUUUUGUAAUCAAAGCUUAUAAAUGAAGCCUAAAGAGACUUUCUUGUAAAAAGCAGUUUUUGAUACUCAGCAGGCGCGGAUCAGUACCGAACCGUUCCAUUACUCUGUUACUCCCACAGACCGGACAGGAAGUGGGCGUGGCCAGUGAUUUUAUAACGCACCAGUUCCUAACACACCAGCCAGACCUGAGGACACUAUGCAGACCCACGCAGCAGAACUACUUGUUUCAAUUGGACCCAAACCAUGAAAGUGUACAAUUUGUAAAUAAAUAUUUUGCUGAAGUAAAGUUAUUUUCUUAAAACUUCAGAGGCUGUCCCCUGCUGGUCAUGAGGGUGCAGGUGUGAGACCUUCAGUCCUGCAGGUCGUCCUGGGUCUCGUCUCCAGAGCCACGCCCAUCUGUCAGUCUGUGGUUGUUCCUCAGCUCUGUCACUACUUCUUGUUUUUCUCUUUUAUUUCUACUGUUCCUUAAAAGGGAGUGAAGGAAGUCUGCAUCCCCGCAACAACCAAGUGGUGCGCUCCACUGUUGGAAGUAUAAUAUACUAUUUUUCCUUGUACUA